UGAAAGAGACGAGUCCAAGGAAGAAGGCAGACGCUCUCUCUCUCUCUCUUCUCCUUCCCUUCUCUUUCCUUCGAAACUGGAAAAAUAGAGAAAGAAUCUCCAUCUCCGAUGCCGGCAUUGAUGGCCUCCGGUAUGUAGAGAAAGGAGCCUCCUUUCCUUUGAGCGGCUGCGGAAUUUUUCCUAUUUAUUUGCCAUAUCCUCAUGUCCAUUCGUGCCCUCCUUUCUCUCCAAAAUCAAACACCCCUCCUCACCCUACCAGAUCACCAGCAUCGCAUCGCAUGAACUAGUCAAGCACCGCCGACGAAACCAAAAACUUUCAAUUCUCGUGUCGUAAGGUUUAAUGCCAUGGGCGGCCAUUGCUGUGGCUUGUGCUUGUAAUUUUAUAUGGAUACUCGGUCCGUCGCCAAGGAGGUCUUCUCACUCCGGCGAAGCUGCCCUUCUCCACCCUCGACCUCUUAGAUUUAUAUCCAAGAUUCGCUGCCCCUUUGGAGUUGGAUCGCUCCAUCUUCGCCGCCGUCGACCUCCGCCUCAUCCUUGCCUCCAGCGGCUUCUCAGCCUUCGCCGCCGCCGCCGCAAAUACCUCCAUCGAGAAAACAGUAAGUGUGGAUUUGAUUAAGGCAAUGCCUUCGCCAUCUGAUGCAGCGGUUGCCAGCAAGUUAGCAUCUUUCACUCCGCUCAUGUUUGCGCAAAUUAGCAGCAGCCAAGAAUUAUCCGUGCCCCCAAAUCAAUUGCUGCUGAAUGGGAAGGCGUCAUCGAACCCAGUCCUUUACAAUGGUAGUGACCGCCCAGCACUGAAACCUCAGUAUGGAUAUCCUGUUUCUGUUCUCCCGAAUCUUGAUUCCUUGCCAGAGAAAACAGUAAGCAUGAGUAUUAAUGGCAGUCAGGAAUUGUCUGUUCCCCCAAAUCAAUUCUCACUAAAUGGGAAGAUGUCACAGAACCCAGUCAUUUACAAUGAUAGAUAUCCUGCUUCUGUUCUCCCAAAUCUUAGUUCCUUCCCGGAGAACACAAUAAACAUGGAUGCGAGCAAGGUGAUGCCUUCCACCCCUAUGAUUGUGGAGAAGAAAAAAACUUCUCAAGAUCGCCUCCCUAGGGAAGUCAUAGAUUUGGUAAAUGAAACAGUCAAUAAGGAGGAUAUGCAGGAGAUAGGGAAAUGGCAACCUCUUGUAGGGAAGCAGGCAGAACUAUGCUUCUCACAGCCUGUAGUGUCAUAUACUUCGGAGCAUUUAGUGCCAUCACAAAUAGCAUCUUUCCAACAAACGGUUGACAGGGGAGUUGUGCAUGAGGAAAAUGCGAAUUGGCAAUCCCCAACACAAAAGCAGAUUCCAUGCUUCUUAAAGCCUAGAGUGAAAUCUUCACCUGUGCCUGCAGUGCCAUCUCAGACAGGUUUUUCUUUGGAGCCUACAGUACCAUCUUCUUUGGAGCAUGUAAUGACAUCACAUACAAUUUCUUCCCUGCAACAAAGAGUCGUGAAGGAAGAUAUGCAGGACAAGGAGGUUCAGAAAUGGCAGCCUCCAGUGCAGAACCAGAUGGAGCUUUGUUUUUUGAAGUCUGUAGGUACAUCUUCUUCAGAGCCCAAACUGCCAUCUCAGGUAGCUCCAUCCCAUCAAAAGCAAAGUGAAGUCAAUGCAAUUAUAUCAUCUGAGGAAGCCCCUGCCCAAGAACUGGAUGCUCAGAAACAUAGUGAGAGAGAAAAUCAGGGAAUAGACUUGAACAAGAAACCGCAGCAGAAGCCUAAAAGGAAGAAGCACAGGCCCAAGGUUAUUCGAGAGGCCAGAACACCAAAGCCAGUAACCCCCAAGCCUCGGACCCCUAAGCGAGCCAAGAAUAAAGAAGAAAACCCAUCGGGUAAGAGGAAGUAUGUCCGAAAGAGCAGGGUCCAAAACUCUAUGGAUAACCCCACAGGUGCUUUAGGCGAAAUUGCUCAUCUGGUCAAUAUAAGCAGGACUAAAUCUGUCAGACGGUGUUUGAACUUUGAUUCAGAAGAUUUGCAAGCAAGAGAUGGCUGUGUAGGAUCAGCAUCAGCAUUUACAUGCAAUGCCAAAUCUCAAGCUCAAGAGAAAUGUGUUGCAGGGCCUACUAUGACCUCAAGCACAGAAUCAACUGUACAUUCUCAAGGACCGGAAGCAGUGCUGGGCAACUCUCAAAUGGGAACCCCAUUUGAUCUCAACAGUUCAACGAAUCAAAUGCCGAAUCAGCAUGCAAACUUGGCUGAAAACCCAACACCACUUCUUCAACCCUGUAGAAGAGAGAUGAUGGGGACAAAUGAAAUGCUGGAUGGUUAUAGAAUAAUGCCAGAAAACAGGACCAUAUCUCCUCGGCCUUCUAAAAGAGAUUUGAUUAGAGAAAGUCCACACGAAUUGGCUAGGAAGAAUGAGUACCUGAAUAUUUCUGCCAACCAUGAGAGGUCUCAAGAAACUGGUCAGAGCAAGCCCGAUUCACAUAAAAAAAUCUCGGAUGUGAUAAUGAAAAGAACAAAAAGAGACCUUAACUAUGUUGAUAAUCCUCAGUUUUCAGCAAGUAUAAAUUUCACACAUGCCAAUAACGGGAUGGACUGGGUUAGUGAAUGUCAUGAUAAAGGCAGGAACAACCCUUACUUUUCUGAGAAUUGCAAAAAAAGGAGAAUAGAGAAUGAGCAAAGUGGACAGAACAGAUUCACAAGCAGUGCUUCCUCCAUGACACAUAUGCCCCUGAAUAAUUGGAGAAUAAAUCAGGUGAUGCCAAAUAAUUCUGAAGUCUUUAUUUUUGCUGAUGCACAAAGGUUGAUUGCCCUCGAUAAACAGCAAGCUUCAGAGUGCAUGCUGUCAUUUGAUCGAUCAGAAAGCAACAUUAGAUCAACAGCAUCAGUUCAGGCCCAUAAUUUAACAUUUGUUAGUGCCACUAUGGACUGCAACUACAGUUCAACACCUGUAAGAUACAGUAGCAUGGACUGCCCACAUAUAACAACACCUGUAAAGCAAACUGGACACAUUUGUGCGGAUUACAACCAGCCAUCAUCUCCAGGAAAGCCCUUAGGAGGCAAUGAUAGUCAGGAAAGUGAGAUUUGCGAACUGCAGCCUUCCAUGGAAGCCAUUGUUGUAAAGACCAACAUGAAAAUGAAACCAAAAAAGCAUACAAAGAAGCAACAAGAUCAUCCAGUCAAUCCCAAAUCCUCAAAAACCAACAGAAUAUCUUUGCAAGACCAUGAGGUUGCUACAUACGAUUCUGAAUCUUCACCUGGAACAAAAAGUGCUCAGCCAACUGCACCGGCUUCAGGAAAUUCAAGAAAGAAAAAUUCAUUUCUCCAACCCAGUCACAUUCAUGACUGCCAAAGCAGCAGCAAUUUCAAUGAAUCAGUUAAUGGCAGUGGAAUCUUAGGAGCAGUAGUACCACAUGGCAAUCCUUUAGAUGAUAUCAUUCAGAAGCUGAAAUGUCUAAAUAUAAACAGGGGCCGUGAUGGUGCUACAACUCAAGCACAAAACGCUCUCAUUCCUUAUGAUGGAAGAGGUGGUGUAAUCGUUCCAUAUGAGGGCCUGCUCAAUCUUGCUAGGAAACGUCGCUCUCGUGCCAAAGUUGAUCUGGAUUCAGAGACAAAUAGGGUAUGGAAGCUUUUGAUGGGAAAGGAAGGCCGCGAUGACGGAACAGAUAUGGAUAAAGAGAAGUGGUGGGAAGAAGAAAGGCGAGUUUUCUGUGGACGUGUAGACUCAUUCAUUGCCCGGAUGCAUCUUGUUCAAGGCGACAGACGCUUCUCUCAAUGGAAAGGAUCUGUUGUAGACUCAGUUGUUGGUGUCUUUCUUACUCAGAAUGUUUCAGACCAUCUUUCAAGUUCUGCCUUCAUGGCUCUUGCUGCAAAAUUUCCUUUAAAGUCAAGGGCCAAUAAUUGGAGGUCGGAUGCAGAAAAAAUGAACACUUCUGAAGAGCAGCAAGAAAGAUGCAUUAAUGCUUCUGAAAAUGCCACUAAGUGGCAGGAAAACAUGUUAUGUAAAGAAUCAUAUGACCGAGAUUCUGUAUUGAUUAUUGGAGAAAAAGAAAGGGCUAGCGGUAAUGAAUCAUAUGGGAGCAAUAAAGGAGGUGCUACAGCGGACUAUUCAAAAGGAAAAUGUUGGAAUGCACAUCAAAGAGAGCUAGAACAUGGUCAUGAAUCGUCUGAUAGCAGGAGAGGCAUUCCAGCUAUAGUGAAAGGAAAUACAAGUUUCGCAGAACUCAAAGAGAAAAGGUUAGUGGAGGAUGUAGCUCCAUCCCAAAACUCUGUUAUUUCAUCUCAAUACUAUUCAGAAUACCAAAUUCAGACAGCUGAUCUGAAUGGAUCAAGCUCAUUGUCCAACUUUGAAGCAGAAGAAUUGGUAAUUGGGAGUAUGUGCAACGGUAUGGACAGUUCAACUUCAUUUACUGAGCUUCUACAGAUAGCAGAACUUGGAAGUCAUGGUAAUGAAAGGAUUCUCUCAACAGAUUCCCUCAAGAGGCUUGCACGAUUGGAUGUUGACAAGAGAAAAACAGUCUUGGAUCGAUCUGAAAAACUGGAAGGUGCAUGUCCAUCAGUGCACACAUCUGAUUCUUAUUUCCAUAAAUCAGAGUGCGACUUUAUGGGGGCGUCAUGUGCUCCUUUCAUGCUUUAUAAUUUUAAUAAUUUCACAAAUUCUGGAUUGGUGGGAAUGCAUAAUGCCAAAAUAGUAAGGCGUGAGAGCAGAUCUCAUCAAUCCUCAACUGCUUCUGGGAUAACCAACACAAAUAAUUUCAACUCGGAUUGUGGUCCCUCUGCAAACAAUGCAAUUGAAGCUAUAAGUCAGAAGUUGACAAUAACUUCUGAAACAGUACCUGCAGUUAAUUCAUAUGCACAAAUAAGCAAGCAACUUGUGCAACCAUUAACCAGCUUAGAAACAGCAGAUUGCAUUGGAAAGUGCUCUAAUAACAAUGCCCCAAGGGAGAGAACUGGGGCCUCAUUAGGUAAAUCAGUUUUUCACGAAUGCUUGUCUUUGCAAGAUGAGUCUAUUCAGAACUUGCAGCAAAAAGAAAAAGAAGCAAACUUCGAAGUUGAAAACACUCAAAAUGCAGAGAAAGUUCUACUAUGUCAGAAGCAGAAUUCUCGGAAUCAGCAAACCUCUCCAGAAUUACAGAACAAUCAAAGGAAAGCAUUGGAAGUUGCAGAGGGAGUUGAAUCAAAUUUUAAAAAUGAAAACCAUAAUUCCCAAAAGGUUUCAUCUGACACAGAAAAUAAUGGAAUAAAAGCAAAGAAGAAAAAGGUUGAGAGUGAAAAAAAGAAGACCUAUGACUGGGAUAGCUUGCGAAAAGAGGCAUAUAACAAAGGUGCCAAUCAAGAGAGAAGCCAUGAGACAAUGGACUCACUUGACUGGGAAGCAGUAAAGUGUGCAGAUGUAAAUGAGAUAUCUGAAACUAUUAGAGAGCGUGGAAUGAACAACAUGCUGGCAGAGCGGAUUAAGGAAUUUCUCAUCCGACUGGUUAGAGAUCAUGGAAGCAUCAACCUUGAAUGGUUAAGAGACGUUAAACCAGAAAAAGCAAAGGACUACCUCCUAAGUAUACGGGGAUUGGGACUGAAAAGUGUGGAAUGUGUUCGCCUUUUGACGCUUCAUCAUCUAGCUUUUCCAGUUGACACAAAUGUUGGCCGCAUAUGUGUAAGACUGGGAUGGGUACCAAUUCAGCCCCUUCCCGAGUCCCUUCAGUUACAUCUUUUAGAGCUGUAUCCUAUUUUGGAGACCAUUCAGAAGUAUCUCUGGCCUCGGCUAUGUAAGCUUGACCAGCGGACAUUAUAUGAGCUCCAUUAUCAAAUGAUUACCUUUGGAAAGGUUUUCUGUACCAAAAGCAAGCCAAAUUGUAAUGCAUGCCCAAUGAGAGGAGAGUGCAAACACUUUGCAAGUGCCUUUGCCAGUGCAAGGCUUGCACUUCCGGGACUGGAAGAGAAAAGUUUAGUGAGUUCAACAAUUCCAGUUGCUUCUGAGAAUGGUUGUACACCUGCUUACAACCUAGAACCCCUACCUCAACUUGAGGGGAGCACAUUCUCACAAGAAAGAACUAUUUUUAAUAAUUGCGAGCCCAUCAUUGAAGAACCAGCCACACCAGAAGCUGAAUGCCUAGAAACCGAAGAAAGUGCAAUUGAAGAUGCCUUUUUUGAAGAGCCUGAUGAAAUUCCUACUAUUAAGCUCAAUCUUGAAGAGUUUGCACAAAAUUUACAGAAUUAUAUGCAUGCAAACAAUAUGGAUAUUCAAGAUGGCGAUAUGUCAAAAGCUUUAGUUGCUAUAACACCUGAAGCUGCUUCCAUUCCCAUGCCGAGACUUAAGAAUGUGAGCCGCCUACGGACAGAACAUCAAGUCUAUGAACUUCCAGAUUCACACCCUCUCUUGGAAGGAUUGGACACAAGAGAGCCUGAUGAUCCUUGUUUCUAUCUUCUGGCCAUAUGGACUCCAGGUGAAACUGCACAAUCUACUGAGCCACCUAAGGCAUUCUGCAACUCCCAAGAAACGGGCAAACUAUGCGACAGGAAAACAUGUUUUGCUUGCAAUAGUAUACGAGAAGCACAAGCUCAAACUGUCAGAGGCACACUUUUGAUUCCAUGUCGAACAGCAAUGAGAGGAAGUUUUCCACUCAACGGCACCUAUUUUCAAGUUAACGAGGUAUUUGCAGAUCAUGAUACUAGCCGCAACCCAAUUGAUGUUCCUAGGGAAUGGAUAUGGAGCCUGCCUAGACGAACAGUAUAUUGUGGAACCUCGAUACCAACUAUAUUUAGAGGUCUAACAACUGAAGAAAUACAGCAAUGCUUUUGGAGAGGGUUUGUUUGUGUGAGGGGAUUUGACCGGAAAACAAGGGCACCGAAGCCCCUUUAUGCAAGAUUGCACCUUCCAGCAAGCAAGGCACCUAAGAAUAGAAGGGCAGCGGCAGCCGCAGCAAAAGAAGACGAGCAGCCCCAUGCGGAAAAACAGCCAACGAUCGAUGACCUGAAGCAUGGACACCUGAGACAAAAUGUAUCUAUGGCACCUCUCUAGUCUCUAACCUACCGAUCGUCACAAAUGCAGGCUGGUUGGAAAAGCUGAUGCUAAUCUGUAACAUGAUUUAUUAUUUUUUUUCAUUUCAUGCUCGAAAAUGGGCUAUUCUUCCUGGAAGUCGGAAAAAAAAAAAAAGCAUAACAGGUGGACAGAUUUGUUGUUUCACCAUCCUUCCCAUUCAGUAUAAACGAAGAUCCGACCAUUUGAAUUUGUACCGUAUGGAUCAAUUUUCAGUUGCCAUUCAUGAAAUUGAUGAGAGGCAUUGCACAAUGGUCAUCAUACAACAAUUUGUCAGCUGAGACAAUAUUUGAUUGCUUCA